CUAUUUAAGUGUAACUGAGUUGUGAUUAGUUUUUUUAAAUAAAUAUUUUAAAAAAUUUAUUAAAAGUAAUAAUGGAGUCUCUUGAGAUAUCGAGACAUGUACGAAUGGGGAUGACAUCAAGAAAAAUGUAUCUGUGGCAACCUUGGCUUGAUAUUGAUAUAAAAGAUUUUGAUUUUUCAUACAAAAAUUUUGAAGAACGUCCAAAAACAGCGAGUUUGCAUAGAAAGCCAAGUAGCGCGUGGCGAAAAGAGCGUAGGAGGGACCCUAUUCAGAGCGAGGCCCUCGACAUGUCGGCUGCUAGGGUACAUCACAAUCGACCUAGCGUUAUUGUUCCAGCUGCACCUCAACCCGGAACCACCGUCGAAGAUACCGCAGUAAGACCUACACCAACAGCAACACCUUCAGCAGCGAUAGGUGGUCAACGAACUGGAAUUAAAAAAUCGGGUAUUGUCAGUGAUCCGGCUAUAGAUGAGCAUUUCAAGAGAUCUUUAGGCUUAGAAGAAUAUGCGGCAGUAUUCAAUGGUUCUUCUUCCAAUACAGAUAAAGAAACAGGACUAAGUGUGGAUGACCAUUUCGCGAAAGCACUUGGUGAAACUUGGACAAGGUUAAAAGCAACUCGUCCAAGUAAAGAAUCAACAUAA